GAACGCGUUUUCGAACGUCAGUGCGUUUGCGGUGUAACUUGGAAAUUGAUUGUCGUUCGUGAUUCUGUUUUGUGGUUUCUUCCGUCGUUGAUUGUUUCAUAAAUCUGUACAAGAUGUCCGAAGAACCGCUGAUAGUUGAAGCGGUGUACUUGUACGAGAAGGAGAAUGCCGAGGCUCACCGCACCUUCAAUUUUGAGAUUGUCCAUCAGGAUCCGGCAAUUCCCGUUCUUCGACGAGGACAGGCCUUCCAUGUGGCUUUGAGAUUCAACCGCGAAUACGUGGAUGAAACCGACAUCGUUCGGCUGCUCUUCAGCUUCGGGCCGAAUCCCAACGUGUUGCGGGGUACCAGAGGAAUAAACACGAUUACCAACAGGGAUGCUUACCUGACCGAUCUGGAGGCUUGGGGCGUUCGAAUGGUCGGCAUUCACGGGGUGGAUCUGUCUGUCGAAGUCAGAAGUCCGAUUGACAGUCCCGUUGGAGUGUGGCAAUUGAACGUGGAAACUAAUACUCUCGGCAGAAGAAAAGCGCCGAAUACUUACAAUUAUGAAAAAGAUAUCUAUCUACUCUUCAAUCCUUGGAUGAAAGAGGAUUUGGUCUAUAUGGAAGAUGAGCAAUUGCUUGACGAGUACAUCCUCAAUGAUGUCGGAAAAAUAUGGGUGGGUCCAUGGGGUAGUUCCCGUGGUAGAGAAUGGGUUUUCGGACAGUUCGACGCAUGUGUGCUGCCAGCUUGCCAGCUAUUGCUCGAAAGAUCCGGAAUCAAGGCAAUAUCCAGAGGCGACCCGGUCAGAAUGACUCGGGCAAUCUCGAGAAUUAUAAACUCUAACGAUGAUAAGGGCGUAUUAACUGGCCGCUGGGAUGGCGAAUACAGUGAUGGUACCGCGCCGGCCGCUUGGACCGGAAGUGUGCCUAUUCUGGAGCAAUUCUUGGAGACCGGUAACGAAGUCAAGUAUGGUCAAUGCUGGGUCUUUGCUGGUGUCGUCACUACGGUCUGUCGUGCCCUGGGAAUUCCGUCGAGAGUGGUGUCCAAUUUGGUAUCGGCUCACGAUGCCAAUGCUUCGCUAUCAGUGGAUCGUUACUACGAUUUGAAUAACGAGGAGCUCGAGUACGAUCCGAACAACCCCCUGGGCGAAGAUUCCAUCUGGAACUAUCACGUAUGGAACGACGUAUGGAUGGCGAGACCAGAUCUCCCGAAGGGUUACGGAGGCUGGCAGGCCAUCGAUGCUACUCCUCAGGAACAAUCGGACAACUUUUAUCAGUGCGGACCAGCAUCGGUGGAGGCCGUCAAGGAAGGUGCCGUCGGUUACAAUUAUGACGUAACUUUCAUGGUAGCGUCCGUAAAUGCGGAUUUGAUGAGAUGGAAGGAGGAUCCGGAAAGCGAUCUGGGAUAUUCCAAGAUCGACUGCAACAAGUACCAGUAAGCCAUAAAAAUUAUAAAUAUCUCAUAAAUAGCGAUCUCUCAUAUCUCAUAGAUAGCGAAUAUCUUUGCGAAUCUGCUUGCUUGAUAGUUUCGAAUCUGUAAUUACUUCAAAAAAUAAAAGCAGUAUUUUUAAAUAGAAUUGAGUCUGAAUAAAUGAGCUCAAAUCUUCAAUAAAUAUUUUAAAAAACGAGAAUAUUAUCUUUAAGUGGAGAACUGUUGAAUAUUA